AUGAAAAAGGUUAAUGAGACAUCUGUUCCCACCACAUGGAAUUACAGAGGCAAGAGAGUGAACAAUGUCCUUUAUGAUUCUAAAGAGCCUGAAAAUGAUUGUGUUAUAAAUCACAUCAUUCGACUGAGAAAAAAGCUGGGUUGGAGCACGGAGAUACCUGACAGGAGAAUCAUGAGAGCAGUCAAACCAAACAUGAAUCCACAGAGGGAAACAACAGAGCCAGCUGAGGAUACAGGAGAAUAUAUAUACUGUCUAAAGAGACUCAGACAUGACACCAGUAUCCAGAGCAACCCAUAUGACCUUCAAGUCGUCUCUGUCCAAACAGCAAAACAGAAUCUUCAGUACUGGACCGUCAGCGCCUCAAGCAUUUUUAAGUUAGAUAGAUCAGUCACAUAUUCCUUGCCGGAGUUCUGUGAGGUGCAGACGCAGCAGUGUGCUGUCGCAUUGAAACAGCUGCAUUGUCUUCAUGACCGAGUCGCCAGUUUGAUUCUGUCAGCUUGCAUGAAGGCAGCAGAAAAGCAGGGUGCAGAGCGACUGUUUCUCCCCUUGGCCUCGGCUUCAGCUAGAAGGCCGCUGUAUUGCGAGGUGGGCGAGUGGAGAAGCCUCCUGAGGCGCUUUGGGCGUCUCCUCAACCUGGUGGACAGGAUGUUCGAAGAGCUGCUCUGUCACUUAAUAGAACCUGAUAUCAAGAAGAAGGACAUGGCAAAGACAGAGAUCAAGGCUGUGUUUAUAGUGAACGUCCUGCUCUCAGUAAUGGUACCUGAGUGUAAAGAACUCACAGAAACUGUGUCAUCCUCACCUACCACAAGGCAGAGUCCAGAAACCACUGAAGCCAAUCAAACAUCUUUCAACCAAGAUCCGAGACUCCUCGCUUUGCGCUCGUGUCCUGUUUUUGAUCGUAAACUCUCCGUGGAUGACAACCUCGACAAGGAGAGCGCUCAGAAUGUCAGACCAUGGCCUGAGCUGGAGCUACUGCUGGGAACCGAUGGGACAUACCAAUCUGACCUGUCCAGAAUUCUCAGGAUGGUCCAGAAAGGAGUGGAUGGAGUGGAGAAGCACUGCCAGAAGACUGAGAAGUUCUGCGGGAUGGUGGACGCAGCCAUGUUGACGGACAUCAACGCCUUCUUAGCUGGGGAGAAGUGGUCUAGCCAGGACAUCAGAGCUCUCCUGGCCAUGCACACAGAGAAUGUCCGCCUCAUGGAGAACAUGGAGACGGAAACGAGAGUCAACAUGAUGCUGGUCAGCUGCAAACAGUACCAGAGAAACUGUCUCCUCUAUCCCGAGGCCCUCCUCACCUCCAUACAUCACACCCUACCUGCUGUAGCCAAGAGGAAGAACCUGGAGCUGAUGGAGGUGAUCAGAGGAGUUGUGAAGAAGCUGGACAAGGACCUUGUGACUGUGGAGGAGUUUGUUGAACAUCUAACUAUUCUCAGUCGGAUAUGUGUUCAAAUGCCGUCCCUAGUGAGACAAUAUCAGUUUCUGAUUCAGCUCUAUUGCAUCUUUAAAGAAUAUAAAAUUUCCAUCUCCCCUGAGGAGCUUGCCUUGUACCAACACCUUGUCCCCAGCUUCCAGCAUCUAAAAUCUGCUGUCAUGAUAUGUGAAACCAAGAGGGAUGACAACGUUUUUAAAUUCAGUGCUGAUGUAAGCAAACAGCUGAAUCAGCUUCGAUAUGAUCUUGUUCUGGUAAAAAAGAAGAGCACCCUAGGUCGAAGGUUGAUGAUUGAUAUUGUAAUCAUGUCGUCGGAUCUGAGCACACCUGCAAAAGUGGCAAAAAACAUCCUCCAAACCCUGUCGGGUGAGGCCAUGUUCUUCUCCAACAAAGCUCACAGCUACACCAGCUAUGGGGAGCUCCUGAGCAACUCUUACUCAUCGAAGGCUGUGAUGCGCAUGAAGCAGCCAAGGGGCCACCACACCGCUGCGUUGGAGGCUGAGCUCUCGGAAGUGGACUGUGCCCUCAGCCUGCUCCAGCUGCUGUGGGACAUGCAGGACGAAUGGGACAGGCAGCACUUCCUGUGGAGGACCACCACCUUCGAGCUACUCAACGUGGACGAACUGCAGAGUGACGUCAGCCGGUUUGUGCAGAGCAUUUACAUGCUUGAGAAAGGUUUACCUGAAAAUGAUAUAGUUCCCACCCUGAAACUGAAGGUUAUGGACUUCAAGCUUUGCCUUCCCGUCAUUGUAGCACUGAGAAAUCCUUACCUUUGUCCAAGACACUGGGCAGAUAUUCAGAGCAAUAUCGGGCGGUGUUUCAUUAAAGAGGAAAACUUCACUCUUGGGAACCUGCUGGAUUUAAAAAUUCUUCAGUUCAGUGGUUUCAUCGGAGACAUCUCCAUCACCGCCACGAACGAGGCCACGCUGGAAGGGAUUCUGCACCGAGUCGUUGAGUUGUGGAGGGGCACGGACUUCCGACUGGUCACCCACCAGCUAGACACGUCCACGGUCAAGAUCAUUGCCUCCGCUGAUGAGGUGAUGGCCCAGUUGGAAGAGAGUCAGACCACCAUUAUGAGCGUCAAGGCCUCCCCCUAUGCAGGGCCCAUCAAGCAACUGAUUGAGGAGUGGGAGCGUAAACUGAACCAGUUCUCCCACACCCUGCAAGAGUGGGUCACCUGCCAGAAGAAAUGGUUGUAUCUGGAGCCCAUCUUCUCAGCUGGGGGAAUUCAGAAGCAGCUUCCGUCAGAGGCCAGGGUGUUCUUCCAGGUGGAUAAGUCCUGGAGGGAGAUGAUGCAGAGGACCGAGGACAGGCCCAAUGCUCUGCGUGCUGCCACUGCCCCCGGGGUGCUGGAAGUGCUGCAGACCAGCAACGUGCAUCUGGAGAGGAUACACAAGUGCCUGGAGGAUUACCUUGAAUCCAAAAGAAUGGUUUUCCCCAGAUUCUACUUUCUGAGCAACGAGGAGUUGCUUGAUGUUCUCUCCCAGAGCAAAAACCCAGACGCCAUCCAGCCUCACCUGGCAAAAUGUUUCAGCAACAUACACCAUCUGGACAUCCAAGAACAAGCUUCAGUUCACAGUGUAGUUGUAUCAGUCCAGUCAGCAGAGGGUGAAAUUGUGGCCAUGCCAAAAAAUGUCCAUAUACGUGGGCCCGUGGAACAGUGGAUGGGUUACGUGGAAACAGCGGUGUACAACACUGUGAAGAGGCACUUAAAGAUGGGGGUUACUGACUGGAACGCAAAGGACUUUAAGAAGUGGGUGCUCUCGCACCCUGGCCAGGUCAUCCUCACAGUCACCCAGAUCAUGUUCACCAAGGACUGUGUGGCCUGCUUCGGCAGUGGGGACAACGUGCAGGAGAGGCUGGUAAAGGUGGUGGCACAGCCUCUGGGCCAGAGUGUGGAGGAGCUGGCCGACCUGGUGUCCCAGCCCCUGCCCUUCCACCAGCAGGUCACGGUGGAGGCCCUGCUCACCACCCUGGUCCACUGCAGGGACAUCCUCAGCCAUCUCAUCCAGCUCAGGAUCAGCAGCUCCCAGGACUUUGAGUGGUCAAGGCAAUUACACUAUGACUGGCAUGACAGCACCUCUGUGUGUUACGUGAUUCAUGCCAAGGCCUCCUUCAUCUAUGGGUAUGAGUACCUGGGCUGCUCUCCACGGCUGGUCAUCACCCCGCUCACUGACCGCUGCUGGCUCACCCUGACCGGGGCCAUCAGCCUGCAUCUGGGGGGUGCUCCAGCCGGGCCCUCUGGGACUGGCAAAACAGAGACGGUGAAAGACCUGGCCAAGGCUCUGGGGAAGUUCUGUCUGGUGAUGAACUGCUUCGAUAGUCUGGAUCAUAAGAUGAUGGGAAAGCUGUUGUCCGGCAUGGUGCAAUCAGGCUGCUGGUGUUGCUUUGACGAGUUCAACUUCAUCAACGUGGAGGUGCUGUCGGUGAUCGCUGCCCAGCUGCAGGCCAUCCAGGCUGCCAAGCACAGUCACAGUUUGCGGUUUGUUUUCGAGGGAAGAGAUAUCCGUUUGAAUGAGUCAUGCGGAUUCUUUAUCACCAUGAAUCCGGGCUGUGUGGGUCGUGUUGAUCUACCAGACAAUCUCAAAUCCCUCUUUCGGCCCGUCGCGAUGAUGGUGCCUGACUUUGAUCUCAUCGCCGAAAUCAUUCUGUUUUCCGGAGGAUUCCAGUCAGCCAAAUCCCUUUCCAGGAAAAUUGUGAAUCUGUACAGGCUGGCCAGCAAGCAGCUGUCUCAGCAGGAUCAUUACGAUUUUGGAAUGAGAGCAAUUAAGUCAGUUUUAGUUCUCGCUGUUCAGAGGAGGAGACAAGCAGCCAUGCAGGUUAUGCAGUCGGAAGAAGAAAGUCACAUCCUUAUCCGGACGUUACAAGAUUCUAAUUUACCUAAGCUCAUAUCUGAGGAUGUUCCUCUGUUCCAAAGCAUCAUGGACGACCUCUUUCCUGGAAUCAUUUAUCCCAAAACGGUUUAUCCUUGUCUAGAGAUGGCAAUCGCUAGGGCGACAGAAAUGCUGGGAUUCGUGGAGUGGCCAAACCAGGCAGAGAAAAUCACACAGCUGUACAGUCAGAUUUUGGCCAGAGGAGGGGUGAUGUUGGUGGGCCCUACAGGAGGAGGGAAGACCACAGCUAGACUCAUCCUGCAGCAUGCUCUUCUCCUUCUGCCAGCGCCAUCUGAACCUCAGAGGAGGAACAACCUUUUCAUGCAGAUGCCUCAAAACACCCGGGUUCACGUGGAGAGCUUCACCAUUAACCCCAAGUGUGUCAGCUUGGGAGAGCUAUAUGGCCAGGUGGACCCCAGCACCAUGGAGUGGUCAGAUGGCCUGGUGGCGUCUGCUGUGAGGGCCUACGCCAAGGAGCUGUUCCACCACUGGCGUUGGGUAGUCAUGGACGGGCCGGUGGACGUUCUGUGGGUGGAGAACUUGAACAUGGUUUUGGAUGACAACCGAACCUUGUGUCUGGUGAAUGGGGAGAGAAUCUGUUUGCCCGCAGGAAUCCGAUUCCUCUUCGAAGUGGACACCCUCUGCCAAGCAAGCCCUGCCACGAUCAGCCGCUGUGCCAUGGUCUACAUGGACCCCGUGGAUCUGGGUUGGAAGCCGUACGUCGUUCGCUGGCUGUCCCAGCUGCCCAGGCAGGUCAGCAGGGAGGCAAGGGCCUACCUCCUGAGGCUCUUCAACCACAGCGUGACGCAGGGCCUGCUCUUCAUCAAGAAGCACCAGAAAAAGCUCAGUCUCUCCCUCCCUGAGAUCUCUAUAGUUAUGACCCUGUGUAGCAUUCUGGGAGGUUUCAUCAACUUUAUGCAGACUAAUGGAGGACUUGGUUUUUCUGGGCAAACCCUUGAUUCUGAGUCUGAAGAAGAAAUUGGGAAGAGUUCAGAGAACCAAAAUGACUUCUCUUCAGAAAGCGUUGAUGAUUUGAGAACAUGGAGGAAAGAGAAGUGGUUUCUAGAGAAAUACCCUGAAAAGCUGACAGUGCUUCUUGGGAAGCUGUUUGUCUUUGCCUAUGUCUGGGCAGUUGGAGGAGUUCUGAACCACAUCGAUGACUUAGAUGAUUCCUCAGUAACACUUAAAGACAAAAGCGAUCCUAUUUUAAAGGUUGGAAAGGCCUUUAAAACCCUGAUCCAGCAGUUAUUUGAGGGAGCAACACCUUGCAGUGUGACUCUUCCGGCCGGGAAUCGGGGAAUCUUCAGCUUCUUUGUGGAUCUGCAGACGGGGGCUUUUGUCCCCUGGGAUGACCUGGUUCCCUCCAAUGAGAGUCUGAUUCGCAAAGCAAUAAGCAGAGGGACUGGAAAGUCCAAAGUUACAGAUGCCAACUGUCAAAAAUCUGAACUGAUAUGCAGUCUUGACACUGUACGCUACUCUUUUAUAAUGAGCUUACUUUUGCUCAACAAACAACCAGUUCUUCUUACAGGGGAUUCUGGUGUUGGAAAAACAAUGAUUAUCCAAAGUGUUCUCAAACAAUUACAAAAGGAUGGCAGAGACAUGUCCAAGCGUGGGACCAUUCUUGGAAAAGUAUUUCUACACAACCAAGCCAAGUCAGCUAGCCUUUUGGAAGAUGUAACCUUGCUGACAGCUGGUUAUGGUGGAGAUGUUGAGAAAUCCGUCACUGGCGACUCACAAAGUAAGAUUCAGAAGAAGAUGAGCAUCUGUCACCCUCCUAACGAGGAAAAAAGCCAGCACCCAGAGUCCUCCAGGAUCUUGACAAGAAGUGUUCAAUGUACUGCUCGGACCAGCACCACCGGUUUACAAGCUCACCUGCUACAGAACCUUGUCAAGAAAGGGAAGAAUAAAGUUUUGCUCUUUGUUGAUGACCUGAAUAUGCCAAUGCUAGACAGCUACGGUGCCCAACCUUCUAUGGAAUUAAUUCGACAAUUCAUUGAGCUCCAAGGACUGUAUGAUACAAAGACCUUAACCUGGAAGGGCAUCCAAAACGUGACUCUGUGCGCCGCGUGUGGCCCUCCAGGAUGUGGGCGCCAGGACCUCAGCCCUCGUCUCCUCAGGCACUUCUCCGUGCUGGCACUGCCCCAGCCGUCCACCAGCAGCAUGCAGCACAUCUUCCAGGUUCAGUUGGGCCAAUACUUUGGGCUGAGGGACUUUUCCAAAGAGGUGCGUAAAUGCAGAGGGUCUUUGGUGUCGGCGUCCAUUGCUGUGUACAGCGAGAUGUGCCAGCACAUGUUGCCCACCCCAGCCAAGUAUCACUACAUCUUCAACCUCAGAGACGUUGCCAAGGUGAUUCAGGGCCUAAUGCAAGCCGAUGACUCUGAGCUGAUCUCUGAGGAGGCCAUGGCCUACCUGUUUGCCCACGAGGCCUCCAGGGUGUUCCAGGACCGGCUGGUGUGCGACCAGGACAGAGAGCUCUUUCACCAGAUCCUGUCCAACGAGCUUCAGUUUCAUUUCAAGGUCUCCUGCUCGCCUGAGGAUCUUUUGAGGGAGCCUAUCAGGUUUGGAGACUUCCUGGACCCCAAUAUCCCAGCAUGCUCUCGGGUGUACAAGCAAAUGCCUGACCUUAAGAAAAUCCAGGUGCUUCUAGAAGAGUGCCAUCUAAGAAACGGAAGAAAAAACUCCCAGUUCCCCAUGGUGUUCUUUCCGGAGGCGGUGGAGCACAUCAUGAGAGCAGCCAGGGUGUUCAGGAUACCAGGAGCGCACUUGAUGCUGAUUGGGCUGGACGGCACAGGGAAGGAGGAGUGUGUGACACUGGCGUGCCAGGUGUCAGACUGCCACCUCUACAAGAUGUCCGUGCCAUGGAACUGCUGCCAAUUUGACUUCAGAGACAACCUGAGGAGGGUUUUUAGGCAGGCCGGGGUUCACCGCAGAAACACAGUGCUUUACAUCACCGAUGCAGACCUGGUCCAGGAUUCGGUCCUGGAAGAUCUGAACUGCAUUUUAAAGUGUGGGGACGUACCUGGCCUCUUUGACAACGACGAGAUCGACUCGUUCUCCCAGGACCUCAAGACCUCAUCAGACGGCUGUGUCCUUGGAAACAGAGACGACGUGUAUUCGUAUUUCAUCCAGCAAGUGCGCCAGAGGCUGCACAUAGUUGUGGCUGUGAGUCCAGCAGGCCAGUGUCUGAGACAGUAUUGCUGGACUCAUCCUUCCCUGCUCACCUGCUGCUACAUGGACUGGUACAGCGACUGGUCCUCAGAGGCCCUGCUGCAGGUGGCCAGUAGCUCCUGCAUCGACUCCAGCGACUUUGACAGCCUUGGCAAGGUUUUCCAGGAGAAGAUUGCGGGAGCCUGCGUUGAUAUUCACAACACUUCCACCAAAACGGCAGCGACCUUCCUGCAGGAGACGAGAAGGCCAUACUACAUUGUUCCUAGCACGUUUAUCACAUACAUAGUCAUCUUCACAAACAUGUACCAGUCAGAGAGAUCAAAGCUCCACAAUAUCAGAGCUCGCUUCUCUAAUGGACUGGACAUACUAUUGGAGAUGACAUCCCUGGUCACGCUCAUGCAAGAAGAGCUGGUGGAGCUGGGCCCACAGAUAGAGGAGAAGUCCAAGGAAGUAGAAACGUUGAUGGAGAAGCUGAAAGAAGAUUCCAGGGCCGUGAGUCAGGUCAGAGCCAUCGUAAAGAGGGAGGAGGAGAUAAUGACUCAGGAAACCCAGGUUGUGCAUGAAUAUGCAGAGGCGGCCAGGGCUGAUUUGAAUAAAGGAUUGCCACUGCUAGAGAAAGCGGUUUCGGCUUUAGAUGCUUUGGAAAAAAGUGACAUUUCAGAAAUAAGAGUCUACACAAAUCCACCAGACUUGGUGCUGACAGUCAUGCACGCUGUGUGCAUCCUCCUUCAGGAGACACCAAGCUGGCCCACAGCUAAACAGUUGCUAGGAGACCCUGGCUUCCUCAAGAAGCUAGUCAGCCUCGAUAAAGACAGCAUACCCGACAGGGUGUUUGUGCUCUUGAGGAGGUACUCCAAAACCCCCGGCUUCACUCCCCAGAAGGUGGGGAGGGUGUCUGUGGCCUGCCGCUCCAUGUGCCUCUGGGUCCUGGCUCUAGAACGCUACCAUGACGUAUCCCAGAUAAUAAAACCCAAACAGAGGAAGGUGGAAGUGGCCCAGGAGGCAUUGGUGAUUGCCCAGACUCAUCUGAGAACCAAGAAAAGCAAACUGUUGAAGAUUGAGCAGCACCAGAGGACCCUGGAGGACAGGUUCAAUGCAAGUGUGUCAGAGCGGCAGGAACUGGGGAGACGCAAGGAGCUGACCACGAGUCGCCUGCUGACAGCCGCCGCCCUCAUAUCAGCCUUGUCCAAGGAAAAGAAUCGGUGGGAGGCGGCUGUGGCGGAGCUGAACAGCAAGCUGCAGAACGUUGUCGGUGACGUCAUGAUGUCGGCUGCGUUCAUCACUUACUGUGGUCCGCUUAUGGCGGACUAUCGCAAGUCUCUAGUGAAGCAGUGGUUAUACAUCUGCCACAGUGUUGAGAUCCCAGUUUCAGCCCAAUACUCGUUCCUCUCCAGCAUGACAGAGAAGAACCAGGUCAGUCGUUGGCUGAACACAGGCCUGCCUCCGGACCGCAACUCCUCGGAGAACGCGGUGAUGGUAGAGAGCGGAGGGCUGUGGCCUCUCCUGAUUGACCCCCAGGGCCAGGCCACGCGCUGGGUCUGCAGCAUGGAGGGAGCCCGGCUCAGGAGGGUCACGGCCUCCGACGCCAACCUGAUGAGCACGGUGGAGAGGGCCAUACGGAUGGGAGACCCCGUCCUCAUUCAGGAUGUGCAGGAGACCAUAGACCCCUGCCUUCACCCAAUCCUGAAGAAGGACAUAAUCAUCCGCGAGGGUCAGUCACUAAUCAAAGUCGGCGACACUGAAAUCGAGUAUAAUCCCAACUUCAGGCUGUACCUGGUCACUCGCCUGCCCAACCCCCACUUCCUGCCGGCCGUGUGUAUCCUUACCAGGCUCAUCAGCUUCUGGGUGGAGCGGGAGGGCCUGCAGGAGCAGCUGCUGUCCUCCGCCGUGUCCCUGCUGCGGCCUCGGCUGGAGGAGGAGCACGGCUGCCUGCUCCACACCAUCACCGCCGACCUCUCCAGCCUCCACCAGCUGGAGAACAGGUCCCUGCUGCUGCUGCAGGGGACCUGGGGACACAUAUUGGACGACCAGGACCUCAUAGAAAACCUCAAGAACUCCAGGGUCACGUCGUUUGAGAUCUCCAUGCGGCUCGACGUGGCCAAAGAACAGGAGAAGGAGAUCGACGAGGUUCGCAGGAAGUUCCUCCCCAUAGCCAACCGGGGAGCAGACCUCUACUUUGUCUUGGCCCACCUCCCCCAAAUCAACUGCAUGUACCAGUUCUCCCUGGACUGGUUCAAGGAGAUGUAUGUGAAGGCCAUCCAGCUGGCUACAGGAGGCCAGGAAGGUCCCUCUCUGGAUGUCUCCAACCCUGUGACGGGCACCCUGCGCCCAGACAGCGCCCGGUCCUUGAGGAAGAGGGACGCGCCCAUCCUGGAGGACUUCAACUCCCACCUCCUCCACAUCAUGGAUGUCAUCACUGAGACCAUCUACAAGGAAGUGUCCCUGGCCCUGUUCACCGACCACCAGCUCUGCUUCUCCUUCCUCAUCUGUCGUAACAUCCUGCAAACCAAACACCUCAACUCGCCGGAGGGAGGGAAACAGGAAAUACCUCCGGAAGAGUGGAGAAUAUUCUUGCACUCUGCUGUGUUGGCCAGCAUAAUGGAUGCAAAGAGAGCCCAGCGUGAUGAAGGUGAGCCGGGGGUGGAGCGUCCAGACCACCUGUGGCUGACUGACUCCAUGUGGGCCCAGUGCCAGUACCUCUCUGCCCAGCUGGCCUGCUUCGCCCACCUCCACAAGUCCAUCCAGACCAACCUAGAUCAGUGGGCUCUGUUCAGGUCGGCCGCAAACCUGUACGAGCUCCUGAGAGAGCCCUACAUCUGCGACACUGAUGCAGACCGAGCCUCCACCAAGCAGAAGGACAGUUACCUGACCAAGUGUUUUAGGGUCUUCCCCUGGGAGAACCUGUCUGGCUUCCAGAGGAUCAUUCUGAUCAAGGUCCUGCGACCGGAGUGUCUAAUGUUGUCAGUGAGGGCGUUCAUCACAGAGAAGAUGGGCUCUAAGUACCUGGAGGGAGGGCAGGUGUCUCUGAGGGAGGUGUACCAUCACUGCAGUGCAAACACACCCAUAGUCUUCAUCUUGUCCCCUGGUGUGGACCCAGCCUCCCAUCUGGUGCGGCUGGCCCAGGAGCUCCGCGGCAGCAGCCUGCACCUGGACAUGGUGUCCCUGGGCCAGGGCCAGGGCCCGAGGGCCAACGAGCUCAUCCACCAGGCCCAGGUCCUGAAGGGCCGCUGGGUCUUCCUCCAGAACUGUCAUCUGGCCGCCUCCUUCAUGCCCAGGCUGCAGAAUAUAGUGAACUUGUUGAAAGGGAGAGGGUCGGAUCUGGACCCCCACUUCCGCCUCUGGCUCUCUUCCAAGCCUGACCCAGGGUUUCCUGCCUCCGUCUUGCAGAGCGCCAUCAAGGUGGGUUUGGACCCUCCCCGGGGUGUGAAGGAGAAGUUGCUCCACACCUUCAGCCCCAGCGGAGAGGCAAGCGAGAGGACCUUCUCUCAGGCAGACUGCAGCCCCCACUGGAAGAGCCUGCUCUUCAGCCUGUGCUUCUUCAACGCCAUCGUCCAGGAGAGGGCCAAGUUUGGGCCCCUGGGCUGGAAUGUCCCCUACACCUUCACCUCCUCCGACCUCGAGGUGUCCAUCAUGAACCAGGAGCGCCUCUUGCGUGGGGUGGAUGGUUGUGCGUUGCCAUGGGCGGCGCUGUGCUACCUGACCGGGGAGGUUACCUACGGGGGCCGUGUGACCGACCCGUGGGACCGCCGCUGCCUGACUGCCGUCCUCCAGCACUGCUACUCCCCCCUCGUGCUCCAGGAGGGACAUGGGCUCUGCCCCGCCCCGGGGUACCCAGCCUUCCCCAGAGAAGCCAGCUGGGCUGAGUGCCGCUCCUACGUAGAGCGCCUGCCCGACCAGGACCUGGCCCAGGCGUUCGGCAUGGACAACCAGGCUGAGGCUGUUGUCCUGCACAGCCAGAGCCAGCUGCUGCUGCACAACAUCCUCACCCUGCAGCCGCGUCUCAGCGACAGCAGCUCGCUGGCCAGAGACGGACAGAGCCAGGAUGGAGAUGUCCUUCAGAUGGCCUCCUACAUAUUGAAGAAGCUUCCGGAGACGGUGGAGGCUGACCAUGUGACAGAGAAAACCCUCCUCCUGAGGGACAUCAUAGCCAGAGUCAACACUGCAGCGGAAGUAGGUGUGGAGCGCCCCUCCCUGGCCUCGCCCGCCCAAACCUCGUCCUCCCUGGCCUCGUCAGCCCUGGUGGUGGUCCUGCGCCAGGAGCUGGACCGAUUCAACCGUCUGCUAAGAGUGGCUCGCUCCUGCCUGCUGUCCGUGUGCUCAGCCCUCAGGGGAGAGCUGCUGAUGAGCCCCAGUCUGGAGGAGGUCUGCAACGCUCUGCUCUCCAUGCUGGUGCCCUCCGCCUGGCAGCACUGUUCCUACGAGUCCUGUCAACCCCUGGGGUCCUGGGUUCUGGACCUGGAGCAGAGGGUGUAUUUCUUCAGACUCUGGGCUGACCACAUCAAAACCACCCUCAUUGAAAGCGGGUUGACUCCAGGCCUCAGAACAGUCUACUCUCUCGGCCUCCCAGCCAAGCCUGACCAGCAGAGCAGCCAUCGCAAGAGGAAGCCUCGCAGCUACUGGCUGUCUGGCUUCUUCUUUCCCCAAGGUUUCCUCACGGCCGUGCUGCAGGACAGUGCCCGUCAGAAGAACCUGGCUGUAGACUCCUUGUCCCUCACCUACCGCGUCCAGCCCAGUGACGCGUCACCCUGCGCCUGGAGCGCAGACAAAACCAAGCUCUUCUUUGAGGGCCCCGCCCCGCCGGGCGAGGGGGUGCUGGUGUACGGGUUGUACCUGGCUGGGGCCGGCUGGGACCCGCUCUCCCACUCUCUCCAGGAGCUCCAGCCCAACAUCCAGCACUGUCCCCUGCCUGAGAUGCACAUCCUGCCCUGCCGGAUAUCAGAUGAUGAUAAGGCAGCGCCGCCUCCAGAGUCUCUAGAAGACCCCCAGCUGUACGAGUGUCCCUUGUACCGCACCUCCCAGCGCGGCGGCUCUCUCUCCACCUCCGGAACCUCCUCAAACUUUGUCACGGCCGUCUCUCUGCCCAGCAGGGAGCCCGCCGCUCACUGGAUCCUCCGGGGCGCAGCGCUUCUCUGCCAGCUGGACGACUGAGCUCACUGCCACUGCAAGCACGCAGACUAGCUGGAGAGCUAUUGGCUGCAUGUUGGUCAUUAGUUGUUUUUUUUCUCAAUGGAAAUAAAAAUGAUUUAGG